GAAGUUCAUAUCGUGUGUUUUAUGGAAUUCUUAUAACUUGAUCUAGUUCAGCGUUAAUUUUUCGUGACUCACAGGAAGACGUCACUUUUUUUUCGUUUAGUAGCAGUCAGCUGUAAAAAGUUUAUGUGCUGAAUAAAACAACCUUGAGUAUUGAUUUAUGCAUAUUUAAUUAAUAUUGUUAGUGUAUACGAGUAUCGUAGGAGGAAAUAGAUUGCUGUUAUUCUCUUAAGAUAAAACUUCUGUGUGUUUCCUUCUUAAUAAUAAGUUAUUGUACUUGUAAAUAAAACUUUCGCGCUUCGAAAUUAGUUGGACUUAUCCUUUUAAAUGGCCAAAGAACGAUCUUCCUCCAAUCCUUUCCUCGAUGAUGAUGAUGAAGUUGAUGAUUUUGAAUUUUUAAGUCAUCCAAAACAGGGAACGACGGGAUAUAUGUUAGAAAGUGAUUCUGCCAAACGAGAAGAAAAUGAAUGGGAAGCCAAAAGACAACAAAUACUUCAGGAACGCCGAUUGAUUGAGGAGAGAACUUUGCAAAGCACUAAUAACUCUCUUGGUUUGCUACACGAGUCAGAGCAAGUUGGCAUUCUAACAGCAGAGGAGUUAGUGAAACAGAGAGAGCAAUUGGAAAAUAUUGAGGAAAAUUUAGAUCUCAUCAACAGUACUAUGCGUAUCAGUCAAAAACAUAUCAAUUCUAUGAAGAGUCUUUUUGGUGGUAUCAAAGGAUAUUUCACAAAGGGUAAUGUCGAUACUAAUUCAAAAAUCCUUGAACCGUCUCAAACUAAGAAAAGUGCAAGCGCAUUACAAAGUAAAAUCGACACUUUGAGAGAAGAUAACACUCUAAGUGAAGCUACUCAUCCAGCUCUGAGGAUACGAGAUUUACCUUAUGAUGAACCUGAUGCAUUUGGCAAAAGCUCAGGUGGAGUUACUUCUCCUACUUCAAAGAAAAUGCCCAUAAGUGUUGAUGAAAAACUAGAUCAAAAUCUUGAAUUCAUGUCCAUGGGGCUUGGCAGAUUGAAGAAUCUGGCUAUUGGUUUGAAUGACGAAAUUGAAACCCAGAAUGAAUUGUUGGACACAAUUCAUAACAAAGCAGACAAGGCUGAUGAGACUUUGGAAUAUCAGAAUAGUCAGAUCAAGCGUUUGUUAAAGAAGUGAAUAUUGUUAUUUAUUGACUUAUAGUGUACAGAAUAUUUUUUUGUCAGAUUACUGGAAUUUUAGUUUUUCCUUUUACUAUAAAAUGUUAAAGCAAUAAGAUUUGUAUAAAUGUUUUAAUUUAUUUACAAUAAACUGCUAUGCAGACUAAGAAAUUUGAUAAAAAAAUAAUAAUAAAAAAAUGAAGUUACAUAAAAUAUAAUUACUAGAAAACUAAGCCAUUCUGAAUGUAUUUAAUAUUAAAAUAAAUUUUAUCUUUUAUAUAGAGUUAGAUGUAUAUAUAUUGCUAUUUCUGUAGUUUUCAGUUGAUUUGUGUCAUAUCUUUACUUUGUGAACAGUAUUUAUAGUACUUUUAAUUGGUCACUGAUGUAUUUUAUUAUUUUUUUUAUUUAUAUUAAAUAAAACUUUAAUUUUGCUUUAAAAAUUAA